AUGAGUACUCAAACUAUGAAUCCUUCAAGUGAUGAGCCGUUUGUUGGUCCCAAUUUAAAUAUAACUUUGGUGUGCCCGGAGUGUAAGAUUUACCCUCCAGACUUGAUUGAAAGAUUUAGUGAAGGCGACAUAGUUUGUGGGAGUUGCGGCCUAGUCUUGAGUGAUAGAGUUGUUGACACAAGAUCUGAAUGGAGAACAUUUAGCAAUGACGAUCAAAAUGGAGAUGAUCCCAGUCGUGUGGGUGAUGCUGGAAAUCCUUUGCUCGACACAGAAGACCUCUCAACGAUGAUUUCCUACGUUCCCGAAAAUGUUAAGGCUGGUAGAGAAUUGAAUAGGGCACAAUCGAAGUCAUUGGUUGACAAGAAGGAUAAUGCCUUAUCGGCAGCUUAUGCAAAGAUAUCUCAGAUGUGCGAUGGUUAUCAAUUACCUAAAAUCGUACAAGAUGGAGCGAAGGAAGUGUACAAAUUGGUUUACGAUGAACGACCACUACGAGGUAAGUCCCAAGAAUCUAUCAUGGCAGCCGCUAUUUUCAUAGGUUGUAGGAAGGCAAAUGUUGCUCGAACUUUCAAAGAGAUCUGGGCAUUGACCAACGUUCCAAAGAAGGAAAUUGGGAAGGUUUUCAAGAUCAUGAGGCUGGUAAUUCAAAAAAAGAAUGAAACCAAUCCAAAUGCAUACUCUUUGAUCGAGGAUAGUGAACAAACCACUCAAACCUCGGCAGAGGACUUAAUUCGCCGUUUCUGUUCACAUUUGGGCUUGAACAAUGAAGUCACUAAUGCUGCAGAAUACAUUGCUAGAAAAUGUAAAGAGUCGGGGAUUUUGGCGGGUCGCUCACCUAUCACUAUUGCUGCCACGGUAAUUUACAUGGCUUCCUUGAUCUUCGGAGCAGAUAUAACUCCUUCUAAAAUCGCAGGUAAGACAGGAGUCAGCGAUGGAACAAUAAAGACUUCUUAUAAAGUCAUGUAUGAGGAAAAGGACAAGCUAAUUGAUCCUACUUGGAUUGAGAGUGGUAAGGUUAAGUUGGAGAACUUGCCUAGAAAUACCCGUGAUUAG